CAUGGUCGUGCAUUACAGUUUCCCAAAAUCGAUUGCUACCGAGUUGUCCUAAUUUGUUUUCGUGCAAAACAUUGCAAAAUACAAGAAAAACGCAAAGAACGGAAAUGUCUUCGAUCAUACAAAAGUGUAACGAUGAUAACAUUCCUUUGGCUGACGACGAUCCACAAGUUAUUAUAACUGACGAUGUUGAGAACAGUCAUUUAGAUCAUGGUCGUUCAAUGGACUCUUUGCCUAGUUCUUACACGGGUGGUUCAUCUAGCCCUGGACUAAAUGGUCCUCCGAGCUUCGAACCUGACUCUGGAAUCGAUGAACAGGAGGAGAAAGCUCGUCUUAUAUCACAAGUACUGGAGCUGCAGAACACUUUAGAUGAUCUGUCACAAAGGGUGGACUCUGUAAAAGAAGAAAAUUUGAAGCUUCGUUCUGAAAAUCAAGUCCUCGGGCAGUAUAUUGAGAACCUCAUGUCAGCGUCUUCAGUAUUUCAGUCUACUACACCUAAUGUGCAUAAGAAGUAAUGUAUUGUUUAAGUGAUGUGAAUCCUGAGCAAAGCUAUUGUUUAUACAUUUUUACAAUAUUGCAAGUGACCAAUAUUUCAUGCACUAGAGCAAUACAUUAAGUGCUGAGUUUUAUAGAGGCUUUAGCUUUUUAAAUAUAAUUGCAAAUUAUAUAAUAAUGUUUUUAAGCACAGUAUUUUGUGCCUGUUACUUUAGGAUAAAUUGAAUACACAACUGAAUUAAUUGUAUUGAAGAAAUAAUCAUGUUACAAUAUACAAGUUAUAUUUUGGUUAAUCAGGGACUGAAUACUGGUAUCAAUAAGGGUACAGCUUUUUUUGUACUCCUACAACCAAUUAUGAAAAAAUAUCUGCUCUGCAUUUCUUUUAACCCAUUCUCCAUUCUCAUAUUCCUUGUUCAGAAUGUUGGGGUGCUAUUUAAACGAUAAUUUGUACCAGUAUGCAUUCUCUGAUCAAAAUACAUAAUUUUAUAACAAUUUGUAAUCACAAUCCAUUGCUGAGAUGACUGGUAGGUGCACAUAGAAUGUUUGUUUGAUUUUAGAAAUUCAACUGUGACACGGUGGUAAUAUCUGUUACCAUGCAUGCUAAAAUUGCAGAGUUUUGAUUACAACAUACAUACAUACAUAAACUCACGCCUAUUUCCCACCGGGGUAAGCAGAGACUAUAGAAUUCCAUUUGCAUUUGACCGAGAAGGACUUAUGAUGACCAAAUUGGAGUUUUGAUUACAAAGUUCCAAAUAUUAUGUAAAUUAUUAACAUAACUCCAUCAAUUAUAUUUUAUUUGUUAAAAAUAAGUGGCCUUAUUGUAAAGCAGCAAUCAGUUCCAGUCAACCUUAGAAAAAAAGUAAUGAAAUAGAAUAGGUGGUAUGGGUGAGUUUACUGACCAGUUCAGUGCCUGCAGUACUAAAUUGAGACUAUAAUGAAUUUCUUUCAAAAGAUUAGCACUCUUACACUUUUCAUUUUUUACUACAUAUAAAUCACAUUCCAGGUAUAAUAUGAUUUUUAAAUGCUCUCUUAUAAUGUGAAACUAAUCUCAAGUAUCCUAUUUCACAGAUGUUUAAUCAUCAUUUUAUGUUAAGCUUCAGAAUAAAAACUUCUAUUUAAAACAAA